GCCAGACACAUUGCUUCGCAGCCACCAUGGCGAUCCAGCGUAGAGUUUGUUUGCUGGUUCUUGGUUUCUCCCUCACAGCAGGCUUCAUUGAUUUGGUGACCUUGGUGCACUUCAGUCAAUUCGCAGGUUUGCAAACUGGCAACAUGAUUCUGAUCGGAAGGGACUUGUAUCGACUCACCCUGCCAGAUGAGUCAAAAACGGAGCUUUUGAAGGCCAUUGCUUUUCACGUUGCGACGCUCAUAAGCCACUUCGCUGGUGUCCUAUGCUUUUGCGCAUUGGCCCACACAUGCAAGGGCCCAGUACGUGUUGGAGCUUGGUUAAAAGGACGCCCAGUCCGUGUUGGGGCGGUGCUAGUGGGAGUUUUGACUCUUUCUGGUGCACUUCUAGAUCUUUUGUCCAAGGGGAAUGAGUGGAGUGUUUGCUUCAUCGCAGCUUCCAUGGGGGCCAUGAACUUUAUUCCCUCGCCCAACUCGGAACUUGGCAGCAAGCUUUUUUUGAUGACUGUACUGACCACCGGAAAUCUGCAGAAAUCUGCCAAGAUGCUGUUCAAGUUGCUGAUUUGCCAGCGUUUUACAGAUGCUGAGAAGCAACAGACGUGCUGUGCUGUGACGACCAUUUUCGGUACCAUCCUGGGUGCCCUUUUGGGUGCACUGGCGCUCUUUGGAAAUCCUUUCGCUUCGAAGCCAUACGGCGACUCGAUCUACUUGCUGCUGAUGUCUCCUGUGCAAACAGUUUUGCUCUGUUUGCACGACCACAUGUUUCGCCCGCCAACCUCUGAUUUCAAUCAAGCUUCGACGAGCCUCGCUGCAGUGCCUUCAUCGGAAGCAUGACUCAAACAGCGAACGACCCCAGCGAGAUGAGGUAUUUUGAUAUGGCCCCCUUGAUGGUACAAUUGAC